CUAUUCGAGAAGAUAUACUUCGGCCUAAUAUGUUGAAAGCUUCCACACGGUCACUUUUAACACGUGCGUCUUUUUAUUCAGAAUUGAAAAAAAUAUUCGAACUAUGAAGCUUCUUACCCACAACAUGCUUACUUCUAACAUCAAGGGAGUAAAGAAUGGCUUUCCGCUUGGUAUAGAGGCAACAAAUAUAGAAGUUAAAGAUGUUGAUUUCAAUCCAGAGUUUGUUUCAAGAAUGAUACCAAGACUUGAAUGGAAAGCUCUAGUUGAGACAGCUCAAAAACUUGGUCAUGGUGAAGAUCUGCCAACAGAAAAUAUAACUGAUGAUCAAAAAAGUGAUGAGGAAUUCCUGCGGAAAGUUCACCAUAUUCUUUUAGAAGUUGAGAUAAUGGAAGGAAACCUUAUAUGUCCAGAAACUGGGAGGAAGUUUCCAGUUAGCAAAGGCAUACCAAACAUGCUGUUAAAUGAAGAUGAAGUGUAGAUAUAUUUACCUUGACAUUCGUUUUGGAAUUUUAUUAGCUAAAUGUGAAAGUUGUCUUCUGUACAUUAAAAAGAAUAAGACAGUUUUACAUUGCUUGCCCAGUUGUGGUAUAAAGAAAUAAAGUAAUGUUUUGGAGGUUGGUCAGUACAAAUUUUAUUAAUGUACCUAGGAAUUAUUUAAAAAUGCUGUUGAUAAGAUCUUUGAGUGAAAGAUAGAGUAUUUAGCGUUGAAUGACCUUUAAGGAUAAUUGUUUCUGCUAAUAAGUAUUGCCACUACGAAAUUAUCUUAAAGUUGAUACAAAAGAAGCUUCAAUUUUAGCUUUAAACAAUAAGAUUUUUAACUAGAUAAGAAGGUUUGCUAAAGACAGUGUUUUCUGCAUAUUUUUCAUUCAUUUAUUUGAAGUGGCAUAGGAGAAGAACAUAUUUUGUUGUUUAUUAUUUUAAAUAGAUCAUUGUAUGUGGUUUUGAAUUGGAAAAUGUGCAAGCUCAACAUUAAACAAGACUUUUCUUUGUAUUGGUCAUUACCUAUAAAUUUAUUACUAAAUCUGGUUCAUUU